GACCAAACAAAAACUCCUCGUCGAGGUAUAUGAUAUCAUAGUUCGCGUAAGGAUUCAGAAUCGUUUCAGGUAAUUGUCAUGCUGCUGCAUGAGGAGGAUUAGCCAUGUUCUGUGGGACUGCAAGCUUCAAGAACAUCGACGACGAUGCGCCGACCCCCUCUUCGCCCAAGGCAUCCAAGAAGAAGGCCAGCAAGAACCCGUACUCGACGAGGGGGCUCGACAAGUUCUCGACCGUGCUCGGCGAUCUCGAGGCCAGAAGAAGAAAGAUCAUGGAGAAGGCGGGGCCGCAGGGAGCUGUGUCCAUGGUCAAGUUCAUGUACUCCAACUCAACCGACUGGAUACCCGUCGUCGUCAGGCGAAGAGAUCGGAAAGACGACGAUGCCAAGAUGUCCGCCGACGAGCAGCAGCAUAAAGUACCGAUCGUUUCAGGAGGCGUCGAAGAGGCCGCGCCGGCCAUGGGAAGGCCGAAGGCCGUGCCUGAGGAGAAGGUGAAGAGCAGGCUUGCUUGGGGUGCUGCUGAAGAGGUGAAAGGAUGGGUGACGAGGAAUUGGAGAGGGAGUUACUACUGGCCUUUGGUGGUGCUGGUGGCGUUGGUCUGCUUGGUGACGUUCGGGAGGGUGUUUGCUAUAUGUUGCAUGCUAGUGUGUUGGUAUUUGAUGCCGGUGGUGCACGGUGAGGGUGGGGACGUGAGGAGGUCUGUGAACAAGAUAAAGAACUAUGGGAGAAGGAUGAGCAACACACGGAUCAGUGCCACUUCCAUGGUGCCACGUUCAUCUCAUUCUAAGAAGACUGGUGGUGUGCAGGUAUAGGAAGAAGAAGAAGAAGAUACCUGUAAGUCCUUAUUACCUUGUGAAGCCUUCUAAGAUAUGUGAUUUGGAAUCUCAUCAUCUAUGUUCUUGACUCGUUGUUUUCUUGG